UGGAAGAGUGGGGUGGCUGCAGACUACAUGUCCCAGGGCGCCUUGUGCGACACCGUGUUGGCCAUUUGAAUCGCAGAGCGGCGGCGGCCAAGGGGAGGAAGGCCUAGAUUGGUUGACAUUAUUACAGGAUGCCUGGACGGUCAACUAUAAUGCCUGUGAUCUCCUUCAACUCUGUGGAUUCAGCAGUAUCUUCUUUAAAGACAUGUCAUGUGUCUAUUAACACUGGAAUUGAAGUCACAACAGAUGUUGCUCUUGCACUUACUGAGCUUGAAGCUGCUGCAGAAGACAUAAACAACAUGGAAAAACUGAUGCUGGAUUAUGUUUCUAUGGACCAAGAGCUUGAGCAGUUCGUACAGGCUGUAGAUGAAAUCACACGCCAGAUAAAGCAAGAGCGACCUGAACGAAUGCCUGAUUUGAAAGCUUUAGUAGAUAAAAAAUUUAAUGAGCUGAAAAAUCUGAACAAAGAUGAGGAUCUAAUCAAAAGUGAUAAAUAUAUACACUUUAAAGGUCAGCUGAAGGAGAUGAGAAAGCAAGUUGGUGCAGAAUCACAAAAUGACAGCUGUUCAGCCAAUGAGAUUGAUGAAGACAUUGCAGUGACCCAGAGCCAGAGAAAUUUCAUUUGCCCCAUUACACAGAGGGAAAUGGAAUGUCCUGUGAAGAAUAAAGUUUGUGGUCACAGCUAUGAAGAGGAAGCCAUAAUAAAAAUAAUUCAGAACAAGCACAAACAGAAGAAGAAAGCCAGGUGCCCUGUUGUUGGAUGUGAUAAUGAAGAUAUGAACCAGUGUGAUCUUUCAAUGGACACAGCUCUGAGAAGAGCUAUUGAAAAUCAUAGAAAACAUCAAAUGCGAUGAUUGUGUAUCGCAUGUUCAAGGCAUGAUUCUGUCGAAGAAGGUGUCAGAUCUAAAUACUUGGCAGGAUAUCUUGUGGAAGGAUAGCGUUCUGGUUAAUCACUGAUUAUUAUAUAAUUUGAUUAAGAUUGAUGUUGAGUUUCAUUUCAAUUCUGUGUGAUUGGUUUUGAUGAUAACAUACGUGUACAAUGUUUAAAGUUGAAAAUGAAGUUGAAGAUACGAACAGAAAUCCUUUUUCCAACCUAAACGUCACUUGCCCCACUGAAACCUAUUUAGGGAAAAUUGAAAGUAAUAUUUUAAAAUUAUAUAUUUAACUUUCUCAGAGAACAGUAUUGAACUGUAUAGCAAAGGAUUUCUUGCCAAAAUUUAUAAGGUUUCAUUUAGUAAUUUCUGCAUUCUCCUUACAAUGCAAAUAAUGCUUUGAUGUCAGUGAUACACAACACAAAGCUCCCCAAGUAUAUUGUUAUCAUUUAUCACCAGUGCUCCUUUAGCAUUUUCCUUUGUAACUAUAUUCCUUGUUUCAUACAUCUAAAAUAAAGUUGGCUUGUUUUUUAGUUUUCCUGUUUAAGCUAGGUCCAGAAGAUCAGAUACUGCAAGCAAAGCAUGUUGCAAUACAGUACAAAUGAUCAAUAAUGGUGAGUAGUUGAAAGCACAUAUUCAGUAAUGCUAAGGUUUGGGACCAUGGAAAUCAGCUAAAAGGAUUUUGAGGCACUCUACACAAAGAUUCAUGUUCAUCCCCUAACCAGAAGUUCUCUUAAUUUGAUAUUACUUUUGGUGAAAGAAAGAACUAGAAUCUUCAGUGCUCAUCUGAGCCAUGGCUACAGACAAGAAGGACUUAAUAUUUGAAGAGCAACGACUUUGACACUCUCAGAACUGCACUGAAAGGUUAGGCUAAGUUAUGUAAUUAAGCUUCAGAGGGAAGCUGUGCCAGUCAGCCUACUGGAUGAAAAAGAAGAUUGAUGCCAAUGACUUCACCCUAGCAAAAUGACCAUUUUUUGCAAGUAGCUCUUGCUUGUUUUUAAAUUAAAACUGUUUGAAAAUUGACUUCUGUGUGUUUCUGUGUUUCACUUUUUUUUCACCGCUCAACUGAAGAUGGCAACUUAAAGCCAUACAAUGAUGCAGUGCAAAGAGUGCCUGUUCUCCCCACUGUGCCUGUGCUGACAGUUUGCAAUAGACAUCACAUUAGUUCCAUUCCUCUGCCAUUACUCCACAGCCCCGUAAAUAUUGUAGAGCACACUUACUUAGCAUAGUGGCAGAUUUUGCACAUCGUGUCAAAAUACUUUUCUUCAUGGAGUUGUCAAUGGUUUACUGACUAUUCAAAUGUAAUCUGUCACAACUGAUACGGAUCUUGUGCACCCAUAUCCUGCUGCAAAAUUGCUGCAAUUGUACUUAGUUACCGAAUCCUGACCCUUUUGGCUCAAAUGGCUAAUUCUCAGUCUGAGAAUUUGGUACUUUUCUGAUCUGUAUCGUAAUAUUCAUUGUAUUUAUGUACACUAUUAUCAGAGAGAAGUAAUAAUACUUCUUGGAGGAUACUACGUUCUUCGUUUUAAUAUUUCUGUUU